AAGGCAGGAUGAUAAACAGUAGCGUAUUUGAACAUGUAUUCAGGAUGUAGAUAGCAGUGUCCCUUGUCAAUAUGUGUAGAUACUGCAAUCGUUCCGUUAAUAUAGAUAUGAAAGUGUGAAGAAUUCCUUGGAUCUAAAACGCAGAAUACUUGUACUUCAUACAAGGAAAUGAUCCCGAUAUUAGAUGGAGGAGGUGGCUAGCAGAAGACGUAAAACUCAAGAGCAUUGUACAGAACAGCAAAACGCUAAGCGAUCAGCAAUCUACGUCGAACAUCACGGACCCUGUUCUCGGUCGGACUCGGAUGGUCACCAACCUCGAAGCAGUUACAAGCGUUCCGGUGUGUACAUGGACGACGCGGAUGAACGGAGGCCACUACUGAGCAAGGAGGAACUUGCGGAGCAGAUAGAAGACUGCCACAGGCGUAUCAUAGAGAGGGAGCAGGAGUACGAACGGAGGGCAGAAAAUCUAGAGGAUGCCGCCGCACAGUUUGAAAAGAUUCCACCGCGAAGUGAGUGCGCGUGUUGUAAACGGUGCUGCACUAUCUUAUAAACUGUACACUAGUAUGAGAAGUCGUUGUUUACGACAAUAAUAUUGAGAAAGAACUACACAAUGAAAUAGCUUCCGGACACCAGCUGUUGUUUCAAGGGGAAUCCACUUCAAACGUAUAUGUAUUUCCGGACAUAGCUACAUGUACAGUGUACAGAUCUCACCGGACAUCAUAUUAACUACAAAUGUUGCAGAUAUAUAUAUACAAAUAACUUAUUCUUGAAUCGCCAUGUUUAAGCCUAUGACUUAGAAUACAUUGUGACAUUAUGAUUAUAUGUAUAGCAGUAAUAACACAAAAACAUGACAAACUGA